AUGGCGAGCGACGACAUGGAGCAUGCCAUGCACGCACGACCUUCAAGGGACGACCAACCUUCACCAUGCUGCCUAGUAGAGGGCUGCGGCCCGCCCAAUUCACUCUUCCCCUGGCGGCCUCGCGACAGUCAAUCGCACUUCGCUCCCAUGCAUCCAGACAGUACGAUUCAGUACUCGUCUCUGCACAGAACCGCCGCUCUCUCCACAACCCCCAACCCAUUAUAUCGUCGCAGUCCUCUCCAAUCGGCAUCAUGGAGGACAGGCGCAAUCCCUUCGUCCCACAAAGUCUUCACAGCGUCUUCGGUCCGCUAUGGGUCAUGGUAUGCACCAUGGAGUUGGGGCAAGUCCAGCGCCCCGGCCAGUGAGGCCACCAGCACCGCCGCCGCCGCCUCCUCAGGCUCAUCCACAGAGCUUGUACCAAUUGCCGAAUAUAGCAAUCGCCCAGCUUCCGAAUUCGCUGCCCAGCAUGCCUCAUCACAAACCCAGUCGGCAGUAACGACGUCGACACCGGAAAUAGCACCUGCCGCUAUCGACCAGGCGGCUGUCGUCGACAGUACCUCCAACAUGACGGCCGACACCGACCCAGUUGACAGCCUACUCCUGCCCGAUCUACCCGACUUGCCACCCACUGCCGUCAUUGAUCCUACAAAAUUGAUCGAUCACGUCGGACAAUUGAAGGAGUUGGGCCUCGACUAUGGCUGGGGCGUGACGACCGUGUUCGAGAGAAUGAUCGAGUACAUGUACCUAACUACAGGCUUGGGCUGGGGUGCCUCCAUUGUCCUUGCUUGUGUCGCCGUUCGCUCCCUCACUUUCUACUUCCAGGUCCGAAACUCUGACAAGAUGGCUGUCAUGGCCUCUAUGAAGCCCAUCACGCAGCCACUCCAGGAAAAGUUGGAGGCGGCCAUUGCACGCGGCGAUGACCAACAGGCCAACAUUGUGAGAAUGCAGCAGAGCCAGGUCUUGAAGCCAUACGUUGGUAGCAUGGCGUCGAUGGGAGGCUUCAUGGUUGCGCAAGCCUGGAUUGGUUUCUGCGCCUUCAGGUGUUUGCGAGCCAUGGGCCAGCUGCCGGUCCCAGGAAUGAACCAGGACGGCUUCUUGUGGUUUGCCGACCUGACGAUGAGGGACCCGUACUUCAUCCUGCCCGCUACCACUUCAGCCAUCAUGUACUUUGUCUUCAAGAAAGGCGGUGAAACUGGUAUCACACAGUCCCCUAAUGGCGCCGUAACAUCAAAAAUCAUGUCUGGUCUCGCCGUUUUCGUUGGCUUGAUCACUGCCUUCCAACCCGCAGGUCUGCAAAUCUAUUUCCUCGUCUCCGGUAUCUUCGGUGCCGUGACGGGCUGGCUGCUACGACAGAACUGGUUCCGACACAAGAUUGGCAUCCACCUGAUUCCGGACGCCCAGCAAACCGAAAGGAACACACAAAUUGUGAGCCGCGAGAUGGCCGAGGCCAAGAAGCCAGUGGCCAAGCUUCGCUACCAAGCACCCACUCUCUCCACCAGCAGCAUCAAGAUUAAGCCGGGCACGCCAGUCCCCGCCUACAUGCGACGCGAACCCGUCCGCAGCCCCGCCGAUGGACCACCGUCUCGGGACUACGACUUUGAAGAGGGUGCGGCGGGCAAGCCGUUGAAGGAGAAGCUCGACUAUUACCGGAGAAAUUACAGGCUGAGCUAUGUGGCGAGGCGGAUGGCCCAAGGGUUUGAGAAGACGAUGAGGAGUUAUGGGCUUGGUGGUAAGAAGGUUGAUGUGGCUGAGGAGAGGAGGAAGAAGAAGGCGCAGGAGUGGGAGAUUGAGAGGAGGAGGAGGUUUGAGAAUAGGAAGUAG